GGAAGUACCAAGUGAACAACAGAAACCUGCAUACUACCAUACUAGUAUGCUAAAGUAGUACGAUACCAAUACAUGUUACUGUGGGCUACUAUUUAGUACAGGAGGAUACACCUUUGACGGUUUCUUUUCUGGACACAAACUUCGGAGUCUAUGGAGGUACAGAGAAAGUUGCUGAACUCUGUGGAGCAUUGUGUGGAUGAGGCCCUGGAGGGCAUAGUGAUCAGCAAUGGGGGGCUGAUGCUGCUGAGGGGUCACAGGGUGGCACUGCGCUCUGACCUCCACAACCUGAAGGGCAAAGUGGCACUGAUCUCCGGAGGUGGCUCAGGACAUGAGCCUGCACAUGCAGGCUACAUUGGAAGAGGGAUGCUGUCGGCUGCUGUAGCAGGAGCAGUGUUUUCCUCACCUCCUCCUGGCAGCAUUCUUGCAGCCAUCAUGACCCUCUGGCAGAGUGGUACUUCAGGUGUCCUGCUGCUGGUUAAGAACUACACAGGUGACCGUCUGAACUUUGGCCUAGCCGCAGAAAAAGCACGGGCACAAGGAGUCCCUGUGGACAUGAUAGUUGUGGCUGAUGACUGUGCUUUUACUCAACCCAGCAAAGCAGGCAGGAGAGGAAUCUGUGGAACUGUGUUUAUACAUAAGCUGGCUGGAGCACUAGCUGAGGAAAGCUGUCCACUAGAUGUAAUUGUUGCUAAAGUGUCAAACGCAGUAAAAAACAUUGGGACUCUGGGUGUCAGUCUGUCUCCAUGCAGUGUGCCAGGAUGCCUACCUACCUUUCAACUUUUGCCAGGAGAUAUGGAGCUAGGACUGGGAAUCCAUGGAGAGCCGGGCAUUAAAAAGUCAAAGCUUGCCUCUGCUGAUGAGGUUGUCAGGACUAUGAUUGAUCACAUGACUGACCUUUCCAGCCAAUCACAUUUGCCUCUGAAAUCAGGGGACACUGUCGUCCUCUGUGUGAACAAUCUUGGUGCUCUGUCUUGUUUGGAGAUGGCUGUUGUCACAAGAGCUACUAUCAACUGUUUAAUGGGCAGAGGAGUACAGGUUGCCAGGGUGAUGUCUGGCUCAUUCAUGACAUCACUGGAGAUGGCAGGCAUGUCUCUGUCUCUCAUGAGAGUGGAUGAGGAGAUACUCCGACUGUUUGAUGCUAAAACCUCAGCGCCUGCCUGGCCCAACCUCAGCAGUGAGUGUUUAAGUGGGAGGAACCUGUAUGUGGAACCCACAGCAAGACCAGCUGCUGGCGAGACAAAACCUGAGCAAGGUCCACUUUCUUCUGUGGCAUGUCUAGUUUUGAAAUCCAUUUGCAAAAGCCUCUUACAGCAGAAGGAUGAGCUCAAUACACUGGAUCGUGCAGCAGGAGAUGGAGAUUGUGGGAGCACACAUGCUCUUGCUGCUACUGCUAUUGAAGAGUGGAUGCAGACCACCACUAUCCCAGGAAGUCCAUGUCUACUCCUGACUGCCCUUGCUGGAUUGGUAGAAGAGAGAAUGGGUGGAUCUUCAGGAGCACUGUACAGUCUCUUCCUGACAGCAGCUGCGCCUCACCUAAAGGAAAGUUGUGAUGGGAAAGACUGGGCUAAAGCUAUUCAGGCUGGGAUUGAUGCAAUGAAAAGGUAUGGAGGUGCUGCACCUGGUGACAGAACAAUGCUGGAUGCGCUGUGCCCUGCAGCGGAGGAGCUGAUGAAGUUAUCCACAGCUUCUCCAGGUGGCCAUAUUGCUGUACUACAGGCAGCUGUGGAGAAAGCAGAGUUAGGUGCACAGUCGACCCGUGACCUCACUGCCAAAGCAGGCCGAGCGAGUUACAUUGCAUCUGAACGCCUGACUCAGCCUGACCCUGGUGCUGUGGCUGUAGCUGCCAUUCUCAGAGCUAUGUUUGAUGCUCUGAAAACGAAGGACCAGUGAUCUACUCUGUCAUGGCAUAAAACAUGGAUCAGAGAGGACACUCUGCAUUGUUGGGGGAAAGCCAGCUAAUAUACACAAGGACACUAAAUCAGCUACAACAAUCAUUCCACAAAUAUGGUGACUAAUUGCACUGAAACUAACAGUAACUUUACUUCAUUGUACCUUUUCUAAUUUUAUCAUAGAUUAAGUAACCUACUAAUGACUGAAACAGGAUGAAGCAAUGGUACAUCAGAUUUUUAUAACAUAAAUAAGUUUUGAGUUUGUAUCCUUACUGAGAAAUUAUUAUGCAAUGAUCUUUCGAUUGCAUUCUAUAUCAAUCUGCCAUUCAAGAAAGUCCCUGUCAGAAACCACAUAGAUGGGUUACUGUGACACUCAACAAUGUCUUUUAGUUUCU